AACGAGAUGAGAACCCAUACCGAUUGAUGGUGGUGUUCUACGAAGCAACAGUAUCACAACUGAGGCCUUUCUCUCUCCGUCUCGUCUCAACUCACAAUCCCGAGCCCCUGAAUCUGGGAUAAAAGAGUCAAAAUAUUCUCAUUCUGGUCCUUGGAAGCAUUUGUUCUGUGUUGAAAGCACAUAAUUUCAAAUGAUGGCAAAUAACGAGAUAUACCAGUUCUCUGUCAUGUCGGCCCUAAUGUCGGGCUUGGCUUCCCCAGCAUCAUCAAUUUCUGUCUCCGAGCUUCUCACACAUGGCGAUUUCGGCGUUGGUACCUUCGAAGGAAUGGACGGUGAAAUGGUCGUCACCGACUCCAAGGGAUACCAAUUUCGAGGCGAUGGAAGCACCCACGAGGUGUCCCCGGACCAGCUGGCGCCGUUCGCAAUGGUGUCCCGAUUCGUUCCGCAAAUCACCAAGACCAUCAAUCCCAUAACGAAAGCGACUCUGCAGGAAGAAAUUGAGCGCACAUUUCCCGAGGCGAAGAAUGCCUUUGUGUUGUUCAAGGUCCAUGGGAAAUUUGAGAGAAUCAAGAUCAGGGCGAUUCAUGCACAAAGCUAUCCCGGACAACCGCUGACCCAACUCACGGAAAAUCAAAUGAUCAAGGAGUUUCAUUCUGUAAAUGGAACAAUUGUGGGAUUACGAAGUCCCGGGUGGAGUGUUGGCGUAUCGGUCGUGGGAGUUCAUGCGCACUUCAUUGAUGAAGAGAGGAAGUCGGGUGGUCAUAUUCUUGAGUUGUGCGCUGAAGAGGAUGUCCUGUUGGAGCUUGCCGUGAGCAACUCAUUCCAUUUGCACUUACCUAAGAGUAGUGAGUUUGGGGCGAGGGAAUUAGAGUUGGAUGAGGCCGGCAUCAAUAAAGCAGAGGGUUAAAGUAGUUCAUCUUUACGAGGCCGAUGGCUGGGAAGCAUUCCGAAUUCAGCCCGGAAACUCUGCAUUCAGCAGGAGAUGUUCGGCAUUCACCACUCCAGUAAUAGGAGCAUCACUAGAAGAUGUAUUUGUGGGGUGCAGCAUGUCAUCACAUGUCACGUCACCGAAGUCUCAAGGUGUCGGAUUUUCUGCUGCGCCGCAUGGCAGUUCAAAUUGAUCAUACCACCUUUUCUUCUGAGGACCCAAAUCUCACCUCAUGGUUUCUCCCAGUUCAC